CCACCUUAAAGAUGACCCUGCCGAUCCCCAUGGUGUCUGGCCCCCGCACCCGGCUCUUUGCUUACUUCCUCAGGCUGGGCACCACACAUGCUGGCCCACUUCAGCUGCACACAGGAGCCAGCUGUGCAGCCAAGAACCACUAUGAAGUGCUGGUGCUGGGUGGGGGCAGUGGUGGCAUCACCAUGGCUGCUCGCAUGAAGAGGAAAGUAGGGGCAGAGAAUGUGGGUAUUGUUGAGCCCAGUGAGAGACAUUUCUACCAACCAAUCUGGACACUGGUGGGUGCUGGUGCCAAACAGUUGUCCUCAUCUGGUCGUCCUACAGCGAGUGUGAUUCCAUCUGGAGUAGAAUGGAUCAAAGCAAGAGUGGUUGAACUUAACCCAGACAAGAACUGCAUCCACACAGACAAUGGCAAGAAGAUCUCCUACAGAUAUCUUAUUAUUGCUCUCGGAAUCCAACUGAACUAUGAGAAGAUUAAAGGCCUACCAGAAGGUUUUGCUUAUCCCAAAAUAGGGUCCAAUUAUUCAGUUAAGACAGUAGAGAAGACGUGGAAAGCCCUGCAGGACUUCAAGGAGGGAAAUGCCAUAUUUACCUUCCCAAAUACUCCUGUGAAGUGUGCGGGAGCCCCACAGAAGAUCAUGUAUUUGUCAGAAGCCUAUUUCAGGAAGACAGGGAAGCGACCCAAAGCCAAUAUCAUUUUUAACACUUCUCUUGGAGCAAUUUUUGGAGUGAAGAAGUAUGCAGAUGCCUUGCUGGAGAUCAUUCAGGAGAGGAACCUCACCGUUAACUACAAGCAAAACCUCAUUGAAGUCCGAGCUGACAAACAAGAGGCUGUGUUUGAGAACCUGGACAAACCUGGAGAGACCCAAGUGAUUUCGUAUGAAAUGCUUCAUGUCACGCCACCGAUGGGCCCACCAGAUGUCAUCAAGACGAGUCCUGUGGCCGAUGCUGCUGGCUGGGUAGAUGUAGAUAAAGAAACUCUGCAGCACAAGAGAUACCCUAAUGUGUUUGGGAUUGGGGACUGCACCAACCUUCCCACAUCAAAGACUGCUGCUGCAGUAGCUGCUCAGUCAGGAAUUCUUGAUAGAACAAUUUCUCUGAUUAUGAAGAAUCAAACACCAAUGAAGAAGUAUGAUGGCUACACAUCAUGCCCACUGGUGACUGGCUACAGCCGUGUGAUUCUUGCAGAGUUUGACUACAAUGGUCAGCCACUGGAAACAUUCCCCUUUGACCAGAGCAAAGAGCGCCUUUCCAUGUACCUCAUGAAGGCCGACUUGAUGCCUUUCCUCUAUUGGAAUAUAAUGCUCAGGGGCUACUGGGGAGGACCAGCCUUUCUGCGGAAAUUGUUCCAUCUCGGUAUGAGUUAA